UCUAAAUUAUGGAAAUUUUUUGGAAGACGUGGACAUGGAUUUUGAGCCUAGUCAUGGUUUCAUCGGAAUUUCUCAGUAACAGCAGGCUUUCAUACAGUUCUCAAGAGGAAUUCCUGUCUUACCUUGAACACUACCAACUAACAAUCCCAAUAAGGGUUGACCAAAAUGGAGCCUUCCUCAGCUUUACUGUGAAAAAUCCUAAACCCUCAAGAAGGAGGAGGAGCACAGACCCUUAUGACCAAGAACUGGCAGCAUCUAAAUUAUUUUUUAAACUUUCUGCCUAUGGCAAGCACUUUCAUUUAAACCUGACUCUCAACACAGAUUUGGUGUCCAGACAUUUUACAGUAGAGUACUGGGGGAAAGGUGGACCGCAAUGGAAGCAUGAUUUCUUAGACCACUGUCAUUACACAGGAUAUUUGCAAGACCAACACAGUACAACUAAAGUGGCCUUAAGCAACUGCAAUGGUCUGCAUGGAGUCAUUGCUACAGAAGAUGAUGAAUAUUUUAUUGAGCCUUUAAGAAAUAUAACAGAAGAUUCUAGUAACUAUAAUUAUGAGAAUGGUCAUCCUCAUGUUAUAUACAAAAAAUCUACCAUGCACCAGCAGCACCUCUAUGAUCACAGUCACUGUGGAGUCUCAGAAGACCUCACAAGAAGUGGCAAACCUUGGUGGAUGAAUGAUGCAUCUGCUUUUCCAGCUUCACGUCUCGUCAAUGGCACAGGAAGCAGUCACAGUCGACAGAAGAGAUCUGUGAGCCUUGAACGGUUUGUGGAAACGCUGGUAGUAGCAGACAAAAUGAUGGUGGGAUACCAUGGUCGCAAAGACAUUGAACACUACAUUUUGAGUGUAAUGAAUAUUGUUGCCAAACUUUAUCGUGAUUCCAGUCUAGGAAACGUUGUGAAUAUUAUAGUGACACGUUUGAUUGUCCUCACUGAAGAUCAGCCAAACUUGGAGAUAAACCACCAUGCAGACAAGUCCCUCGAUAGCUUCUGUAAGUGGCAGAAAUCCAUUCUCUCCCACCAAAGUGAUGGAAACACCAUUCCAGAAAAUGGGAUUGCCCACCAUGAUAAUGCGGUUCUUAUUACUAGAUAUGAUAUCUGCACUUAUAAAAACAAGCCUUGUGGAACACUGGGCUUGGCCUCUGUGGCUGGAAUGUGUGAGCCUGAAAGGAGCUGCAGCAUUAAUGAAGAUAUUGGCCUAGGUUCAGCUUUUACCAUUGCACAUGAGAUUGGUCACAAUUUUGGUAUGAAUCAUGAUGGAAUUGGCAAUUCCUGUGGGACCAAAGGUCAUGAAGCAGCAAAGCUAAUGGCAGCUCAUAUUACAGCAAACACCAAUCCUUUCUCCUGGUCAGCUUGCAGUCGGGAUUACAUCACCAGCUUUUUAGAUUCGGGCCGUGGUACUUGCCUUGAUAAUGAGCCUCCCAAGCGUGACUUUCUUUAUCCAGCUGUGGCCCCAGGUCAGGUGUAUGAUGCUGAUGAACAGUGUCGCUUCCAGUAUGGAGCAACAUCCCGCCAAUGUAAAUAUGGGGAAGUGUGUAGAGAGCUCUGGUGCCUCAGCAAAAGUAACCGCUGUGUUACCAACAGCAUUCCAGCAGCAGAAGGUACUCUUUGCCAAACAGGGAGCAUUGAAAAGGGGUGGUGUUAUCAGGGAGAGUGCGUCCCUUUUGGCACUUGGCCCCAGAGCAUAGAUGGGGGUUGGGGUCCAUGGUCAAUGUGGGGAGAGUGCAGCAGGACCUGCGGGGGAGGAGUCUCCUCAUCUAUAAGACACUGUGACAGUCCAGCGCCUUCAGGUGGAGGCAAAUAUUGUCUUGGAGAAAGGAAACGUUAUCGCUCCUGUAAUACUGAUCCAUGUCCUUCAGGGGCUCGUGAUUUUAGAGAGAAGCAAUGUGCGGAUUUUGACAAUAUGCCUUUCCGGGGAAAGUAUUAUAACUGGAAACCCUACACUGGAGGUGGGGUUAAACCAUGUGCAUUAAACUGCUUGGCUGAAGGGUAUAAUUUUUACACUGAACGUGCUCCUGCAGUAAUAGAUGGGACUCAGUGCAAUGCUGAUUCACUGGAUAUCUGUAUCAAUGGAGAAUGCAAGCAUGUAGGUUGUGAUAAUAUUUUGGGGUCUGAUGCUAAGGAAGAUAGAUGUCGUGUUUGUGGAGGAGAUGGGAGUACAUGUGAAGCCAUUGAAGGUUUCUUCAAUGGUUCCUUGCCCAGAGGAGGAUAUAUGGAAGUGAUUCAAAUUCCAAGAGGUUCAGUGCAUAUUGAAAUAAGAGAAGUGGCAAUGUCAAAAAACUAUAUUGCUUUAAAAUCUGAAGAGGAUGACUACUAUAUUAAUGGUGCCUGGACUAUUGACUGGCCAAGAAAGUUUGAUGUUGCUGGAACAGCUUUCCAUUACAAGAGGCCAACAGAUGAACCAGAGUCUUUGGAAGCACUAGGCCCUACUUCAGAAAACCUCAUAGUCAUGAUUCUGCUGCAGGAACAGAAUUUGGGGAUAAAAUAUAAAUUCAAUGUUCCGAUCUCUCGCACUGGCAGUGGAGACAAUGAGGUUGGCUUUGCAUGGAAUCAUCUGCCUUGGUCAGAAUGUUCUGCCACUUGUGCAGGAGGUGUACAGAAACAAGAAGUGGUGUGUAAAAGGCUGGAUGACAGCUCUGUUGUACAAAACAAUUACUGUGACCCUGACAGUAAGCCUCCAGAAAACCAAAGAGCCUGCAACACUGAGCCUUGCCCACCUGAAUGGUUUAUAGGAGAUUGGUCCGAGUGCACUAAGACGUGUGAUGGAGGAAUGCGUUCGCGGACAGUUCUGUGCAUCAGAAAGAUUGGCCCCUCCGAGGAGGAGACGCUGGAUGCUGCCAACUGCUUAACACACCGGCCUGUUGAGAAAGAGCCCUGCAACAACCAGUCCUGCCCCCCACAGUGGGUUGCUCUGGACUGGUCAGAGUGCACACCAAAGUGUGGCCCAGGAUUCAAACACCGAAUUGUCCUGUGCAAAAGCAGUGAUCUUCUAAAAACCUUUCCAGCUGCGCAAUGCCAAGAUGAGAACAAGCCGCCAGUGCGCAUCCGCUGUAGCUUAGGCCGAUGUCCUCCUCCUCGCUGGGUUGCUGGAGACUGGGGACAGUGUUCUGCACAGUGUGGUCUUGGGCAACAGAUGAGAACAGUACAGUGCCUGUCAUAUACUGGACAAGCAUCCAGUGAGUGUCCAGAAACUCUCAGACCUCCAUCAAUGCAGCAGUGUGAAAGUAAAUGUGACAGUACUCCCAUUUCCAACACAGAGGAGUGCAAAGAUGUGAACAAAGUGGCCUAUUGCCCGCUGGUGCUGAAGUUCAAGUUCUGCAGUCGAGCAUACUUCAGACAGAUGUGCUGCAAGACCUGCCAAGGACACUGACCCACAGGAAGCAGAAGAAUGUGCCUUGUUAUUAUCUUUGUGGAAGAGUGUCCAUCGAAGAGAGCCACACAAUGGAAUAAGAUUGACGUCCUUGCAAAUGCAUUACCCUGUGGAAAACAUAACCACUGGUCAGCCCCAGCUGACAGGAUUUCAAUAUUAUUUUAACUUCUGUGAAGUGGGAUUUAUUAAUCCAAAGUGCUGGACACAGUAUGAGGGGAUCCCAAAUUUGAAAAAUUCACACAACACAUAUAGAAUAGCUUACUGUGGAACAUUUGUGUUCUUUUGACUAAAUCCAAUAGUCUGUUUACAUCCAUGGACCAUUAAAAUAACUUUUAUUAUGGACUUAGCAAUGACACUGAAUCAAUUUCUAUUUAAAACUGUUUAAAAUGUAGUUCUUAUGAGUUGGUUUACUAUGGAAGUAAAGAAGAAUCAAAAAAAAGUUAAGUCAUAGCUUAAAAAUCUUAACUAUUUUAUCUCUUGACACAGCACCACAAUUUAAAUUAUAAAAUGAGCUUGGAAAUGUUAUUUAAGGAGCAGAAAUUUUUUAGAAAAAAAGUAUUUUUCCUUCAUUCCACCUAUUUCCCUUUGGACUAAUCCAUAUUUCCUGAACACUGCUGUGAGCCAUAUAUAAAACUAUACUAAAUAGAACAACCAUGAGGGACUUAGUUUUAAGAAGUGCAACAGUUAUUGCAGUGAUGCAUGAAAUACAAGUGUGCUAUGAAACAAAAUGAAAUCUUCACUGCAGGUUUAUAGCCAUCUUACCAUUGUACAAGUGAAACAGAUCUCCACUGAAAGGAACAUAUUUCAGAAUCAUGGGGGAGGCAGACCCCUGCAGUGGUGAAGACUGGAUUGCCAGUUCCUUCACUACUACCAUAAAGGUUGUUUAGGACUUACACUUUGACUCCUGCUCACUUUUGUUUACAACACCAGCCACAAAGAAGAAACAACUUUGUAGGCUUCUAGACAUGGUUUACGUGUUAGCUUUGAUUCUCCAAAACUAAGGAAUUUGAAUGCAAAAGAUAAGCCUACUGUGUAAUAGCAACAAUCCUUUUCAAUGCUGAAAGUUAAAAUGGGUUCCAGAUGUUCCCUCCUUUGAUACCAUAGCAGAGGUACUGUUUAUGAGAAGGAAUAUGUGAAUGUUCUAUUCAGGAGACUGCAUCUGAGUGGCAAGGAUUGCAACCAAAGAAUAAGUGACUCAUGAGGUAUCUAGGUUCUGUUCAAACGAGAAGUCAAAAGUGUGCUUGAGCCAAGAGGCCUGUGGGACAAUCAGGAGUAAGGCACACUGGAAAAGGGAUGGCUGUAGUGAAUUCUGGCCACCUUCACCUAAAUGGCCACAUACCUGUGUGAAGCUGGACCAUAUUUAAACAAGGGACAGCUUUCAGCAUGAGACUGGAACAAACUCAUGCCAGUAAAUUAGAAGCUAGAUGCCUUAACUAUUCACUGCCACGCUCCACUCAUUCAUGUUACCCUGUUUCUAAUAUUCACCAAAUACUUUGUGUUUUUAAAAGUAAAGCCAAACUUCUUAGGCAAGUCACAAUCAGGAAUAUAACAUUUAAAACUUAAUUGUCAUGCUCCUCUUCCCCUUCACUUUUCAGUAACAGUCUCAACAAGGAGAUGAGGAAAGUAGGUAUUUCUUUAUAAUAAUAUAUUGUACUUGAACAUUUGCAUUUUGCAACAGGUCCUUCAUGAAUGUGAUUGUGUGUCCAACUAUGACUCCUUUGUUGUAAAGCAGUUAAAAUUAUGUGAACAAUAAUAUGUGUUACAAAUUCUAAUUCAAAUAGCACUUUUAAAAAAAAGGUAAUCUUUUCAGUGAAAAAUAAUUUCAAAAUAUGAGAUUGAAGUGUACCAAUGUAUUUUACCAAUAACAAACCAAAUAUGUUGCACACUACUUACUAAUGUGAAUUAACAUGGAACAAUAGAUUAUGUUAAGAGGACUCAUACUAUGAAAUUCUCCCAACAUAUUGACAAUCUGUCAGGGGGCUUUGUGUAGCCCCAUGUCUAUACUCAUGACCAUCAAAUUCUGUCAUCUGCUACCUCUUGCCAGUAUUUCCACUUCUGUACACUUGUGACCAGUGGAAUUAAUUUUCAGUUGGCUUGCAUGUAUUCACAUACGCUUGUUAUCUGUUGCUCUCAUCACCAUGUAAACAACUCCAGUUAAAACUGACACCAGUCGAUAAAAACAUCCCAAAUUUCUGGGAGUUGCACAUAGAGAUUAAGGGCAGUACAUAGUGCUUGUCUGUUAAGUGAAUUGACUUCCUGUAUCCUUUUGACAGAACACCUUGGUGCUAACAUGCCCUGGUUAGAUCAGAAGUAUGAUGAAAGGGUAAGGGGUUGUUACAACAUUCCCUAAGCAUGAGGCCUUUUUGUAUCAAGGUCCAGUUUUCUCCAGGGCAUGAUUUUUUUUAUCAGCUAAUGUGUCAUUUCAGCUAAUGAGAAAAGGGUUUUCUCUGUAUUGAAAAGAAACCCCUUUUUUUUUACCUCACUUAGGACAUGCAAAUUGUAAGGAAUGUUUCCAAAGACACAUUUUGCUCUCUUACUGGUGCUAGAACACCGGGGAUUCUGAUGUUUACUCUGCAAUAUAACAGCACUGAGGCUGGAAUUUAAAGAACUGCCUGGAGCAAGGUUGAAUUGUAUUGUUAAAGGGAACAAAACACAGAAUGUAUAUGGAUUUGCAAACUAAGCAACACUACAGACUAAGACUGAAAUAUGAAACCUAAUUCAAAGAAAAAUAAUUGGUUUCAACAGCACAGUUCAUUGCUGCUGCUACACUGUAGCCAUCUAUAUAAUCUAAGCUAAAUAGUGUUAUAUUCCUAAAUAGUGACAAAAGGAGUCUUUGUGCAGGCUAUAAAUAUAACAGACCUAGAAUCAAAUAGUAAAAUACACGAUGCAGAAACCUGGUGCCAGUACUUCCACUGAGCAAUACUAUCAGCUGAUAAAGAUCAAAACAGAAAUAAAAAUCUAAGAUUAAUCCUUCAAGGUGUAUACAUCCAAAAUAGUCCAUUUUGUUAGGAACUUUAUAAAGGAGUGAAUGUCACAUAGAUAUCCUUAAUAAUACAGACUGAAAUUACCUUUGUAUUAUUGUGAUUAGUUGCUUAUUAUUUUAUACUCAGUAUUAAUGUGGUACACUGUUACUUUAUUAUUAUUUUUGCUUUUGUAAAUUAUAUUCUAAUUUAUUGUCAUGUUUCUUAACACUUGUUCUACAUGCAUUCUCCUGCUUGUAAUAAAAACAAAAAUAUUGUAACACUUGAUGCAGUGAAAUUCCACACCAGGCACAGAUUUGUUUUUAACAUAGAUAAUUUAGUAAAAUAAAAAGUGCAGCUUUUAAGAUUGAUACCCAUGGUACAGUUGUCUCUUCCCUGAUUUACAGUUACUAGAAUUCUAUAUGCUUAAUGUUUGCCUCAUCCGAUGCAUCAAAAUAUAUAUAAGGUGUCUUCUUUGAAGUAACAUCUGUGUAAUGCUAGAAUCCUGUCCUGGGCAGCAGCAAUAUUUGUCAUAUAUUAGCAAAUAA